AGAGCCAUUGAUGGAGCGACGAGGGACAGACAAAGAGAGGAAGGAAAAGAGGAGGAGACGAGUGUGAGAGAGGGGGCGUGACGGACAGAGCGUAUGUGCGUGUGUGUGUGUGUGUGUGUGUGUGUGUGUGUGUGUGUGUGUGUUUGUGUAGAGAGAGAGCGUGAGCGAGUGAGCGAGAGACACAGAAGGACAGAAUCACAUGCUCUCCUCUCGCACGGCACGCUGCUCUUCAGCUCUGAUCUCAUCUCUAUAAAGAGCCAGAGUGUGUGUGUGUGUGUGUGUGUGUGUGUGUGUGUGUGUGUGGACACAGUUGGACUAAUUCAGAACUUAAAUUGUGGAUUUAAGAGAUUCACCAGUGAGCGCUAAUCAACCCGCGAUGGUUUGAGAGGCUCUUACAUCAGGACAAGAGGAGAAAAGAUGAUCCGAUGGGAUUGAUUAAAACUCAUUGAGUUCAGAGUGGCCUAAAGGUCAUGGGGUCGUUCACGCUGGGGAAAGCGGCACCACUGGAGCUGCUGUUAGACGCCUGUAUCACUGCGUUUGAUGAUGAAGGAAAACUAAACGUGAAUCAUCUUCCCCGAAUGCUCCUGCUAAUGCACCGAUGGUACAUCUCAUCUACAGAGCUAGCGGGAAAACUCCUCAUCAUGUAUCGGGACUGUACAGGAGACGACAGCGAGCUAACGAGGCUGAAGAUCUGCUAUUUAAUGAGAUACUGGAUCGUCGAGUUCCCUGCUGAGUUCGAUCUGGAUCUCGGUCUGAUUCGACUGACGGAGGAGUUUAGAGACGUAGCGGCGCAGCUGGGCUGUGACCAACACCUCCGACUGCUUGACAUCUCCACCAUCCCGUCAUACGACUGGAUGAGGAAGCUGACGCAGAGGAAGAAGCAGGUGAAGAAGGGCAAAGCGUCGCUGCUGUUCGAUCACCUGGAGCCGAUGGAGCUGGCCGAGCACCUCACCUUCCUCGAGUACAAAUCCAUCCGCAGGAUAUCAUUCACAGACUAUCAGAGCUACGUGGUGAACGGCUGUGUGAUGGAUAACCCCACACUGGAACGUUCCAUUGCUCUGUUUAAUAGCGUGUCCCAGUGGGUUCAGAUGAUGGUCCUCAGUAAACUCACACCACAACACAGAGCCAACGUUAUCAGCAAGUUCAUCCAUGUGGCCCAGAAACUUCUCCACUUAAAGAACUUCAACACACUCAUGGCGGUGGUUGGUGGUUUGAGUCACAGCUCCAUCUCACGUCUGAAGGAAACUCACGCACACCUCAGUGCUGAUGUCACCAAGAUCUGGCGUGAGAUGACGGACCUGGUGUCGUCGAAGGGGAACUACAGCGCGUACCGUAAAGCCUACAGCGAGUGCGAGGGGUUUAAGAUCCCCAUCCUGGGCGUGCACCUGAAGGACCUGAUCGCCGUGCAUGCGGUUUUUCCCGACUGGAUCGACGAGAGCAAACUGAACCUGGUGAAAAUGCAGCAGCUCUACAUCACGUUUAAAGAGCUGAUGGUGUUACAGAGCUCAGAGGCUCACGUCGAACCCAACAUGGACCUCAUCCACCUGCUUACUGUAGGAUCCCUAAUAACACGAACACUUUCACUGGAUCUCUACUACACUGAAGAUGAGAUUUAUGAGCUGUCUUUACUACGAGAGCCACGAAACACCAAAUCUGUGCCUACUUCUCCAACGACGCCGAAUAAAACUCACGCUCCUCUGGACUGGGCUUCAGGAGUGACGACUAAACCAGAUCCUUCUGUCGUCAACAAACACAUCCGCAAAGUGGUGGACUCCGUAUUCCGUAACUACGAUCACGAUCACGACGGCUACAUUUCCCAGGAGGACUUUGAAAGCAUAGCGGCGAAUUUUCCCUUCCUGGAUUCUUUCUGCGUGUUAGAUAAAGAUCAGGACGGUUUGAUCAGUAAGGAUGAGAUGAUGGCGUACUUCCUGCGUGCUAAUCCUGUACUGCAGUGUAAAAUGGGGCCGGGUUUCAUCCAUAACUUCCAGGAGAUCACGUACCUGAAGCCCACCUUCUGUGAACACUGCGCUGGAUUUCUCUGGGGGAUUAUUAAACAGGGCUUCAAGUGCAAAGAUUGUGGCGUUAAUUGUCAUAAACAGUGUCGUGAGUUGUUGGUGUUAGCGUGUCGGAAACUUCUGCAUUCCACCUCGCCCUGCAGCGUCUCCCCCGGAGCUCACAGCUCGUUACCCAGCAGCCCCACCCUGCCCACCUCCAAGGAUGAAGACGAGGUGUUUGAGUUUCCCGCCGUGUCGCCUUCAGGUUCUGAUUCAGAACCCAAAUCCAUCACGCUGAUGACGGGUUCUGCUCAGAGGAUCUCCGUUCGCCUCCAGAGAGCCACGACGAGUCAGGCCACUCAGACCGACCCUCUGUGGCCCGAUAACGCCUGGAGCGAGUCCAGCUCCGGAUCACACACCUUCCCUAAGAUGAGGUGCAGGCCACAUCGCAAAAACUCUAAAAACAAAGGCUUCGCUUGCUGGGAAAACGAGACGAGCGGCCACGAGAGGAGAGAAUCCCACAAACAACUGGAGGAGGAGGAAAGAAACGGAGUCACGCCGUUGCAUCACCAUUACACCCAGGAUGCCAAGAUCAGCUGACUUGGUGGCUCAGAGGGCCAGAUCAGGACGCGGGGGAGAUCUUCAGCUCCACGGCCCAGAAUGCUCUCCUCUCUGGGGGAAGUGUUGGGGUGCUUCAGGGCCCCCGAGUGACUCCAGAACGAAGAAGGAGGCGAAUAAAGAGAGACGCCACACCACAGCUGCUGCAGCGGGACGUGUGACUGAAACGAGACUGUGCUGAUGCUGCGCAGGACGUCGAGUAGAAUUUCACAAUACAAUGAUAUUUCUCUAAAUAGGAUUUCAUCAUCAUCAUCAUCAUUAUCAUCAUCAUCAUAUUUUACUUUACGUAUGUAAAGCCAGAACAGUUUGACUGGAAGCAGAAAUGUGGAACUCAUGAAGGAGCGUUCAGGGGAUGGUUCAUUUUUGGACCACAUUACAUGUCGCUGUUGUUUUAGGGGGAAAAAGGUGUUUUUCAGGAUGUUUUUUUUUUAAUUCAGGGGUGGACAAAUCAUAUGUUUAUUAGCAAUCCAAGAACAAAAGUGAAAGCAUCAAAGGGCUGCACAGUGUAAGGUUAAAAAACGUUUAUGCUAAUAUGACUAGUGUGACUAGUUAGGUAGAUAGUUAAGUGCAUUAAUACAGAUGGAGAGAGAAAAAUGAGUGAAUAUUCAAAAUCCCAGGUACAAAAUGACUCGGGAAAGAAAGGAAGUAGAGCGGAUUGUAUCGGGUUGAUAAGAAUGAGGCGUAGCGAAGGUCACAGUCAGGGUCACGAGGUGAUUAGUACUCUUCUAUUAGCACUCGAGAAGGAAUUGACCAAAAGGGAAAACUCAACUAGAUCUGAAGGAAAAAUCACAGUACUGUUGAAUUCUGCAUUCUGAUUGGUCAGUAGGUGUUGAUGAAUUUUCUAUAACAGCAGCUCUGACAGUAGUGCAGCUGCAAAUCUCCUUUCUCAAGUCAAAUUUAUUUAUAUAACACGUUAAAAAAACUUUUGUUGUCCAGAAGUAUCUUUAAAAAAUUGAGUAGUAACAAAAGUAAAAAACAAAACAAUGCAGUUACGCUAUAAAUAAACAUGCAGAGAGAGAAGUAAUAAACAAACGAAGAAAAUAGAAGAGAUAGUGAAGAAUAAAACAUGAUGGAUUAAAAGGAGGAAAAACAGAACUUUCUAUAGUAACAGAUACGGUCAACUUUUCUGUACGGAGACAUUUAUUAUUUAGCAUUUAUGGAAGGAGUCUCCAGUGUCAGCGCUUUGUAAGAGUCAGAGGAAAAGCUGUAACUUUAAAGCUGUAACUUUCUUUGCGGUUUCUCGGUAACAUGCGUAACAAGCUGCGAUGUUUCACAGACGUUCCACAACAUUAAGCAUAAUUAUAAAUUAAUUCGAAGUAAAGUGAAUGGUCAUUGGUGGUAAGUUGCUGUGGUGUAAGGGGAAUAAAACACACAGGAACGUGCUGUUAGAGGAAAAUAAUCACCUUCAGAGUGUAACAGUAACUCCGCUUCAUCACACCACCCUGGCGUGUUUUUAUUCCUUUUAAAUAAAAUAAAAUAGAAAUUAUUUUAUUUAUAUCUCUUCUAUUUUAUUCGUGACAGAGGUGUACUCUGCUUGUCCUGAGCGUCUGGACUGCUGAUUUGUCCACUCCUGUUAUUAUUAUUAUUUUUUUUAUUAGCGAGGACACGUUUGGUGUCUAAAAUUAGCUUCUUUAGUUUUGCACUGAAGCUACGAGGCUAGCAGGUAACAGUGUGCUAAUCCUGAAAAUCUUUUGCUGUGUGUGUGUGUGUGUGUGUGUGUGUGUGUGUGUGUAGGUCUUACUUGAGAGAAAACUGAAGGGACGUAGGUGUAAACUUAGUUUUUUUUGUUGUUGUUGUUGUGUGUAAUAUUCAAAGUUAAAAACACUACAUGAGGUUUUAGUGAAUGAGAAUUUCAGUUGAACGUGUGACGAAGGUUUUUGAAGUUUAUGCUAGUUCAUGCUAGUUUAUGCUAGUUUAUGCUAGUUCAUGCUAGUUUAUGCUAGUUUAUGCUAGGGUUCAGGAGGUUGUAAUGAUAUACUAUAAUGUAGUUCAUAUAGUUAAUGUAACAUAAUUAUUUCAGUGAUUAUUUCAGAGAGAGAGAUAGAGAGAGAGAGAGAGAGAUGAACAGUAGCAUGAGAGAGAGAGAGAGAGAGAGAGAGAGAUGAACAGUAGCAUGAGAGAGAGAGAGAGAGAGAGAGAUGAACAGUAGCAUGAGAGAGAGAGAGAGAGAGAGAGAGAGAGAGAUGAACAGUAGCAUGAGAGAGAGAGAGAGAGAGAGAGAGAGAGAGAGAGAUGUUAGUGUUCAGUCUGAUGUUAGCACGUUUACGACGUCAUCGAGUGAGGAAAACAGUCGAUAACACUAAUGAUGUUUGAGCAGGAUCUCAUUACAGACUCGAGAGGAAGGUACGCUGCUCAGAUAAUAAACGACAUGCUAUUAAUCAGGACGAGGAGAUGAACAGAUCUAUACAUAUACAGAAUAAAAUAAAAAGAUAUGGACAUUUUAAUAUAUGUAGUUUCUUUAUUAAAAUAAGUACAAUACCAUA